UAGAACACACUCAUUCUUGGGUAACGUGCUUGCGAUUCUGCGAUGCAAGAAGUACACGCCGAAGGGUAAAAAGUCACCAGACACUUUCUUCGUCAACUUAAUUAUUUCACGCGAUAAGUUCAGUUGUGCGUGGUGCCGAUAUUUUGCAUUUUGUGAGACCAUCUGACAUUGCUUUUCUCAUUCACCAACAUGUCGUACCUGAAGAGGUGUUUGAUGGCUGUUUUCAUUGUGGGUGCAAGUGCCCAAUUCAAGUGUCCCCAAAGGACGGGAUUCUUCCCAGAUCCGGACCAGUGCGACCUUUACUACAUCUGCUCCCAGGGCAGCUACGAGGAAAAACUGUGUCCGGACGGGCUCGUCUUCGACGACACCGAUCCCAACCACGAACGCUGCGACAUACCCGCCAACGUAGAAUGCGGCGACCGGGUCGAUUUACAGGAGCCAAAGCCCAGCAAGGGCUGUCCCAGAGCAAACGGUUACUAUCGUCAUCCGGACCCUGAAGCUUGCGACAAGUUCUAUAACUGCGUCGAUGGUGUCCCCCACGAGCUUCCUUGUCCUCCAGGUUUGAUCUACGAUGACACAGCCAGCACGUGUGCCUGGCCAACUGCCAGCAAGAGGCAAGACUGUUUCAAGUCAAAGAAAGAUAGUUUAGACGAUGGGUUCUCCUGCCCUGACGGAGAAGUGACCGGCCCAGACGGAAGGAGGCUCCCUCAUCCAACUUUCGCCCACCCUGAUGACUGUCAAAAGUUCUACAUUUGCAGGAACGGAGUACAACCACAAAAGGGCUCGUGCUCUUACGGUUACGUAUACAAUGAAGACACGUUCACCUGCGAUGAUCCGGCAAAUGUGGAAGGAUGUGAAAACUAUUACAAGGAUAAAGAAAACAAAAAGAAGCCAUAAGUUUUUAUGAAAAUAAAUAUUUUAAGUAUAAUUAAUUAAUAAUGAUUAAGAGUAUGCUGAAAUAUCAAAAUUUUGGCAGUUUUGAUUUAUAUUUUUAUGUUGAAUGUGUUAAAUCAAUUUAUAAGCUUAUAUCAACAGAAAUGCUUGUUUCUUUGUAGAUACAAUUUUAUAUGGAAAAUUAUCAAUAAAUUUAUAAUUUACCUUCU